UUCACUCCACAACUUCACUCCCGGAGCAGAUGGAGUUACUGUUGAAAGUCGCAGGGCGCCUGUUUCCUGGCUUCGCAGCUCUCGGGAUUUCGUGGAGCUGGUGGAACAACGAACAGGGUCUUAAUGUACGAAUAGGCUCUUCUGACUUCGUUCCAGUGGGAUUGAGUCGAUCAUAUGGCCAAUUCAUUAGUUUGUUCUGCGGAGAAGCAUAAUGAUGUCGGUAUCAAACGGCGGCGAAUGCUGCAAUCGUUUCUGAAAUCAAAUGUGGAUUAACAAGGCCAUACAUUUGUCGCCGACACAAUCUAAGAGCAAAAGAAAAACGAGGUUCAGUUCAAGUACCCUCUUGGUGUUGCUUUCAGAUAUAGUGUACUAAUUUUGUUUUGAAGCUGUGGGACUCCGAUUCGCUAAAAGAGGUAAAAGAGAGUAAAGAAAGGCCCACACAUGCCGCCUAUGAGAGGACGGAGGUUGCGUACAAUGUCUAUCACUUCUCCCCAAGUAAACGAUGUCGAUUUCACCCCUCAUGACCCCUCUAAACAAACUGACACACAAGACCCCUGUUUUCGAACUGAAUAAAUUGCGUUACUCAUAUGAGGCAUAACAUAAUAUCAUACUCCCCCUGUUCCACAAUGUAGUAUGUCCACGCAUCUCGAGAUCUAAAUUUGACCGUAAAUUUAACCAAAAAGACCGAUUGUGGCUGGAGCAAAAAAAAUAAUAUACCACCGAAUUCGUAUUUCGAUACGAAUUCAGUGGUAUAAUUUUUGCUCCCGCUGCAAUUGGUCUCGUUGGUUAAAUUUACGAUCAAAGUUAGAUCUUGAAAAGUGCGGACGCGCUACAUUGUGGAACGGAGGGAGUAGUAUAUUCUACUACAAUGAGUCACCCCAUGUCCCUAUUCUCCAUCCUCAGUUUUUCCUCCGUGUUGUUUUUAUAUAUGUUGCCUUCCGAAAGAAAGAUCCUGCAGCAAUUUACAGUACUAAAAUGAAAAUAAAAGCGAUAAGAAACACUCUUCACAGGGAUAAGAGACAAAUAACAACAUGUACAAAUAACAGGCCAGUUAUGGCUGCUCCCUUGGAACCUCUGGACCAUCCAAACAUAGCACAAGCACAGGGUAGACUCAAUUUUUUCGUGUUGCUACAAAAGCUAUGCAUAAACACUUGCCAAUAUUAGGGAAGAGUUACAGGAACCAGUAACAAAAAUAGGCAGCUACCUAUGGAUAGAUUCAAGUGUGUCUUCCCCACCUCCCUACCACCAUUGCAAUCUUUUCCUCCACGCAGGGGAAAGGAAAGGGUUCUUCCUCACCCACUGACCCACCUACGAGGAGGAGGAAGAAGAAGCAGCAGCUGAAUUAACCGGAUCAGCUAAGGAAGAAAGAGCCGUCGAGAGCGAUGGCGAGCAAGGCCCACCUCUCCUUCCUGCUCCUCGCGGUCGUCGCGGCCUCCCUCGCCGGCCCGUCCGCCGGCAUAUUCCACAUCGUCGGCGCCGGCAAGGGGUGGCGCAUCGCCCCCAACCAGACCUACUACGCCGACUGGGCCCGCACCAGGGACAUCCACGUCGGCGACAAGCUCAUGUUCCUGUACCGGAGCGGGGUGUACGACAUCGUGCAGGUGCCGACCAAGGAGCUGUUCGACGCGUGCAGCAUGGACAACGUCACCAUGCGGUACCAGCUCGGCCCCACCAUCAUCAAGCUCGACACGCCCGGCCCGCGCUACUACUUCUGCGGCGUCGGCGAGCACUGCGAGGGCGGCCAGAAGGUCGCCGUCAACGUCUCCGGCGACCCCGCCGCCACCCCCACCCCCACCGCCACCGCCACCGCGGCCCCCGAGGCGCCCGCCGCAGCGGCGCUGCCGCCGGCGUCGUCGACGGCGCAGGCGGAGGCCGAGCAGGCGUCGUCCACGGCGCAGGCGGAGGCCGCUCAGGCGUCAUCGACGGCGCAGGCGGAGGCCGCGCAGGCGUCGUCGACGGCGCAGGCGGAGGCCGCUCAGCCGUCGUCGAUGGAGCAGGUGGAGCCCACGCAGGCGUCGUCGACGGCGCAGGAGGAGCUCGCGCAGGCGUCGACGAUGGAGGUGGACCCCGCGAAGCUUGUGGACGCCAAGAAGAAACUAUAGGGAACAUGUAUGGCAUGCAUGCAUAUAUGUAUUUACCCAGUAUGUAUUUUUGCCGCACAAGUACAAUAGCCCUCGAUCUGGGCUUGGAUCGAUGUAUUUACGCUCAUACUAAGCCACGGCGCAAUUGGAUCGUAUGUAUGUACGUACAUCGGUUUGGUGUAGGUACGUACAUACAAGGCGACCGUGUACAGUAGAAUGAGGUUUUUUUUUGAAUGAUUUCAAAUAUGGCCACAGUAUGUAUCAUUUCGAUUCACCGUAUCAGCUAUACUAGUAGAUGUGUGUUUCCACAUUUCUUGAGGUCUCUGUUGAUUUUCAGGAGAUUGUGAUUGUUUUUCAAGGAAAUGAGAUUGUAAGUUUAUUUUUAUCCUCGUCUUGUUCGAACAUUCUAUCAGAGUAUCACAACAAGACAAAGAAGUUCUUCACCAGAAAAAGAGGCCGAGAUUGCAAUCUCAUAAGGCCAUGUUUGGUUAAUCCCGUCACCACAGAGAUUGAAGGGGAUUGGGGAGGUUUGAGGGGGAUUUUUACUUGCAACGGAUUUAAUCCCCUUCAACCCCUUUCAAAUCUCUCCAAACCCUGUCUAACCGAACAAGGCCUAAAGA